CGUAGAGAACAUGGCCGACAUUUUGGUCUUGCUGUCAUGAAGAUUUUCUAGUGACAAAUUUUAUCUUUGUAGUUCUUCAUGCACGGUUUUAAGUUCCAAAAACGUUUUAUUUUUAAUUGAAUAGACGGUGUGUAGCAUAAUAUAUUUUAUUUUUAUAAAACAUGGCAGCUGAUCGAGAGAUUGCUGCAGAAGACAGCAUAAGAGUGGUGUGCCGAUUUCGACCAUUGAAUGACUCCGAGGAAAAAGCUGGUUCCAAGUUUAUUGUGAAAUUCCCUUCGGGACCUGAUGACAAUUGCAUUUCCAUAGGGGGUAAAGUAUACUUGUUUGACAAAGUAUUUAAGCCUAAUGCGACUCAGGAGAAGGUCUACAAUGAAGCUGCCAAAAGUAUUGUCUCUGAUGUACUGGCUGGUUACAACGGCACUAUAUUUGCUUAUGGACAGACAAGUUCUGGAAAGACACAUACCAUGGAAGGUGUCAUAGGAGAUCCAGGGAAACAGGGUAUUAUUCCACGGAUAGUCAAUGACAUAUUCAACCACAUCUAUGCAAUGGAGGAAAACUUGGAAUUCCAUAUAAAAGUUUCAUAUUUUGAAAUCUAUAUGGACAAGAUUCGAGAUUUAUUAGAUGUGUCAAAGGUCAACCUUAGUGUUCAUGAAGACAAAAAUAGAGUUCCAUUCGUAAAAGGUGCUACAGAACGGUUUGUGUCGAGCCCUGAAGAAGUGUUUGAAGUUAUAGAGGAAGGAAAGUCAAAUCGACAUAUUGCCGUAACAAACAUGAAUGAACAUUCAUCUAGAUCUCAUUCUGUCUUCCUCAUUAAUGUAAAACAGGAAAACUUAGAAAAUCAGAAAAAGCUUUCUGGUAAACUAUACCUUGUAGAUUUGGCUGGGUCUGAAAAGGUAUCUAAAACUGGUGCUGAAGGUACGGUACUUGAUGAGGCUAAAAACAUCAACAAAUCACUAUCUGCAUUGGGUAACGUCAUCUCAGCACUCGCAGACGGAAACAAAUCGCACAUCCCAUACCGAGACUCCAAACUGACGCGUAUCUUACAAGAAUCACUUGGUGGUAACGCAAGAACUACCAUCGUCAUUUGCUGUUCACCUGCUUCCUUCAACGAGAGUGAAACCAAGAGUACACUUGAUUUCGGCAAAAGGGCCAAGACUGUGAAGAACGUGGUCUGUGUUAACGAGGAACUCACUGCCGAGGAAUGGAAACGACGUUACGAGAGAGAGAAAGAGAAGGUGGCUAGGCUGAAGGGCAAGGUUGAAAAGCUGGAGGCGGAGCUCGCUCGCUGGCGCUCAGGCGAGACGGUGCGGCCCGAGGAACAGGUGAACCUGCAGGAGCUGGAGGCCGUCACGCCCGUGACGUCAUUCAUCGAGGACAAACCUCCAGCGCCGCCGGUACCCGUGGCUGUUUCAAGCGCCGUGGAAGAUGCCGCCAUGCAGGGCAAGCUCGAAGCUCUAUACCAGCAGCUGGACGACAAGGACGAGGAGAUCAACCAGCAGUCUCAGCUGGUCGAGAAACUCAAGGACCAGAUGAUGGAACAGGAGGAACUCAUUGCUUGCACAAGGCGCGACUACGAAGCCCUGCAGGGUGACAUGAACCGCAUCCAGCAAGAGAAUGAGGCCGCCAAGGAGGAGGUCAAGGAGGUGCUCCAGGCCCUCGAGGAGCUGGCCGUCAACUACGACCAGAAGUCGCAGGAGGUGGACAGCAAGAGCCGCGAGUGCGACCAGAUGUCCGAGGAGUUGCAGGCCAAGCAGACGGCGUUAGCGUCCGCGACGGCCGAGCUGCAGCAGCUCCGCGACAUGUCGGCGCACCAGCGCAAACGCAUCGCCGAACUGCUCUCCAACCUGCUCCGCGAUCUCGCCGAAAUAGGCGCGGCCGUCGGCGGCUCCGAGCUAGACUUCAAGCUCAACGUCGACACCGUCGGCAAGCUUGAAGAGGAGUUCACUGUUGCCCGGCUGCAUAUCAGCAAGAUGAAGAGCGAGGUCAAGAACAUUGUGCAGCGGUGCCACUCGCUGGAAACUGCCAACAUUGACGCCAACCAGAAGAUCGAGGAGUACGAGCGUUCGCUGGGAGAAUGCCGACUGCUGAUCUCGCAGCACGAGGCGCGCUGCGCGUCGCUGGCCGAGUCCAUGCGCGAGGCCGAGAACAAGAAGCGGCAGCUCGAGGAGGCCGCCGACGCGCUGCGCGAGGAAUGCGCUCGUCUGCAGGCGGCGGAGCGCGUGUCGGCGGCGGCGGCGGAGCAGCGCGCGGACACGCAGGUGCGCGGCGCGCUCGAGGCGCAGCUCGAGCAGCUGCGCGCCGCGCACGCCACGCAGCUGUCCGGCCUGCGCGACGAGCUCGCCACCGUGCAGCGCAACCACCAGGACCUCAAGGACACGUACCAGGAGCUGACGCUGGCGCGGCAGCAGCUGCAGGACGACUACGACAAGCUCAAGCGCGAGGAGGCGGACAAGUCGGCCAAACUCAAGGAGCUCAUUCAAAGCGUGGAGAGGCGUGAGCAGGCGCGUGCCGACCUCAAGGGCUUGGAGGACACUGUCGCCAAGGAGCUGCAGACCUUGCACAACCUGCGCAAACUGUUCGUCCAGGACUUACAGGCGAGGAUAAAGAAAUCGAUCAACUCCGAGGAAGGCGCCGAGGAGGAGGGCGGCUCGCUCGCCCAGAAGCAGAAGAUCUCGUUCCUGGAGAACAACCUGGAGCAGCUGACGAAGGUGCACAAGCAGCUGGUGCGCGACAACGCCGACCUGCGCUGCGAGCUGCCCAAGCUCGAGAAGCGGCUGCGCGCCACCAUGGAGCGCGUCAAGGCGCUCGAGACUGCACUCAAGGAAGCAAAGGAGGGCGCUAUGCGAGACCGCAAGAGGUACCAAUUCGAAGUGGACAGGAUCAAAGAGGCCGUUCGUGCCAAGAAUCUCGCCCGAAGAGGCCCACAGGCACAAAUCGCGAAACCCAUCCGCGCCGGCGGCGGGCACCUGGCGGGCGCGCCCGGCGCGGGGCGGCCGGCGCCCGCGCAGGACAUCAAGCGCAAGUCCAUCAUCGUCGGCGGCCGCGAUGAAAGUUGAAGAGCUAGCCGCAUCACAUCUUAGAGAAUUUAAAUGGAACUUCAUAGGUGUACCUAACUUAUGGCGAAAAUCAUUCUCGAGCAUUAUAUCCAUUAUAAUAAAAAUACGUGUUUAAUAAAAGCCUAAUUUAAGCUGCAACAAAAAAAAAGAAAUAUCGUAGUUCUCUUAAGCUUAAAUGUUUCGGGCGAUCUAAUUAAUAAUGUCAGUGCACAUUGACUUAGACGGUAUAGCUUUUUGCUAAUAUUUAGGCUACUUAAAAUUCGAUAUGUAUAAUUGUUAGGUACCCUUGCAAAAAGUAUUACUUUCUAUACUAUACAUAUAAUCAGAUCCGAGGCAUUGACGGUUGCUUUUUUUUUUUUUACAAAGGAGAUAAAAUAUUUUUUAUGAAAUGACAAAGUAUUAAAUUUAGCUUGAUAACGUCUUGAGUGCUGAUCGCAUUACAUACUAAAUUAAAUAUUCUAAUUAAUCUUAGUAGUAUGAUUCCGUGGGAUGAAAUGCGGCCGAUGAAUGUACGUUAAAUGUGCAGUACAAAGACACUGAGCCAGUUACCAAGAUUUCUGGAAUCACUGAGAAAGUGCUCCCAUUUCUCCCAUCGGACACGAUUAAUGUUUUCAAAAGUUGCAAUACGUUAUUAUGUUAAGAUUCGCUGUGAAUAAUUUGCAGACUUGCAUAUGCUACCGCACAAAUGAAAAAUAAAAAUACAAAAAAAAAGUUUUAAAAUAAGUGUCUAUUACGGUUGCUGUAAAGUCUUCGUAAUCACGUGUGGUGGCAAAUGCAUACCAGUAUGCAUCUUCAAUGUGUAGUUGUAGAUUAGGCUUCAUUGAUAUAUAUUUUUAUAUAUUGUGAUAAGCGUUGUUAUGCCGACAAGCGAGCAUUUAUUUAAUUACUAACGAUUCGGUGCGUUCGUUAAGGUGUCAUGGGUGAUAACGAGAACUCGAAACAGUCAGGAACAGUUUAUAAUAGAAUGUCGGGCAUUGGAUUCAGGACGAGCGUGCCUGCGCGACUUGCUGCAACUAGCAAGUUCUCUGCUGACAGGCACAGUCUGCGACGCCAGAAGGAUUCAUAGUUUACAUUUUUAGUGAGUGAUUUUUGUAUUCCAUCCGGGAAUAUGAAAAUCUCAUUCAGCUAAUUACAUUUUUGCUCUGGUUACAUAGGAAUACAUAUACAAUAAUAUUUACCAAUGCGUAGUAAAAGCACUUAUAGAAGAGUUACUGCAUAAAUUAGUGUAGGUUGGUUAUCAUUCAUUAUCACCUUUCGCUUAGCUCUCAUCGCGCGUCAUGUUCACGUUUGCUUGUGAUCUGUGAUUUUAGCACAUAAUAUAAUGAACCCCGUCUGCUUAGAAAGUCUCAGUGGUUAUUUAGUUAAGUUCCGGGCAUAAUGCUGCGGAACGUAAUCGAUAAACGUGCAAUAUUCCUGUCGAGCACAUUGUAAACGAAUGACAAGUGAUGCUUCAAAUACCCAGUACCCGAUUGGUUGGAAGUUCUCUAUUGCUUUUAGGAUACAUCCGCUUCAUCUAGAUCUGUAACUUAUAUAAGUACUUACGAGUGUAAUCACUAAUAGGGGCCAGGAGUGCCGCGUCCUUACAUGAGGAGUUAUGGAACUACGUGAACCACAUGUCAGUAAACCAAAGAUAAAUCACAUUUUUAGAUUUAUUGAUUGAGAUUAAAUGCCACCUGAAAUUCAAUAAGUUAUACCCCGAAUUACUCGAUGGUUCCAAAGCUCCUUGUUUUUCUUGCAAUACAUAUAUGAUUUAGAUGUAAAGUUAUAGUAAAUUAUUUCACAAUUAAGUUAGGUUCUCGAUUUUAUUAUUUCUUAUUUAUUGUUUCACGAACCAAAAUUAUCUCGUUUUUUUUUUCACUUUUAAAGUGUUGUACGCUUUUUUUACAUACCUCUAUUUACAUUAUUUUAACAAUCAUGAUCAAAUACAUAUAUUUUUUCAUUAAAAAUGGGGAUGUAAGCAAAGAUGCAUUCCACGAGGAAACUCUUGUCUGUGUCUUUGUCGUCGUUAAGUCUAGAUUGUUUUGUUUUGUUGUCGUGUAGGUACAUAAGAGGCUACCCUCGGUUAUCGCGCCUGUGGUUGGCGCUCGACGGGGCUCCGGCGCAUCGCAAACAAACCGACAGGCUUGCCUUUGCACCAAGUGAUUUAGUUUGUAUUGACAUCUUUUGUAUGAUGUAUUUAAUAUACAGGAAAUUCUCAGAAAGAGCGUUUUCUUGAUUUUUAUUUAUUAUAAAAAUAAAAUUAUGAAUUUAA